CGAAUGAAUAUUCCAGAACAUUAAAAAGUCAAUUCAGUUUAUUUGUGAAUCUGUAAUGGCAGAUAAUUUCACCACGAUCUGAUAAAAACUGGUGUAUAUUAAUCAAGCUGUUGGUCCAAGUGUUCAACGGAAUUUUCGUGAUACGUUACAGUGCUAGUUCUCGUUACAUUCAGGCGCCAAGUUCCUGGCAUACCAUGCCUCCUAAGCUUGAUCCUACUGCUGUUACUUAUUGUUACCUGAGAGUUAUUGGUGGUGAGGUUGGUGCAACAUCGUCUUUAGCACCGAAAAUUGGUCCUCUUGGCUUGUCUCCUAAGAAAGUCGGUGACGAUAUCGCAAAAGCAACUCAAGAAUGGAAAGGUCUUCGUAUUUGUGUCAAAUUGACUAUCCAGAAUCGACAAGCGACCAUCAGUGUUGUUCCUACGGCUUCUUCUCUCAUAAUCAAAGCCCUUAAGGAAGAGCCUCGUGAUAGAAAGAAAGUAAAGAACAUAAAACACAAUGGGAAUUUGACAUUUGAUGAGAUAAUAGAAAUUGCACGAACGAUGAGACCCAGAAGCAUUGCCCGUGAGCUUUCUGGAACAGUAAAAGAAGUUCUGGGAACGGCAAGAUCGGUUGGCUGUACAAUUGAUGGUCAGUCUCCUCAAGUCAUAAUCGAGAAAGUAAAUGCUGGAGAAAUAUCAGUACCUGCAGCGUAGUUGCAAAUAAACUUUUGGUACGUGAUGACUAUUCUCUUUUUCUUGGGCUGGAUUUAGUCGUAUCUGGUUCUGUCAUAGUGUAUAUACUGACAUGUAGCAUAUCUUAGAGAUAUGGAAUUCAGGUAUUACGGGUUGGUUGCAUAUGUUUAGAUGGUAUGACGUAACUGGUUCAGUCGAUUUGCUCCUACUAUCUGACUUCAAUAACUUGGUUUUCAUGUGUUUUUGGUAGGGUUGGUACAUAUUUCAGUGGUC